CCUGACCACUGUGCAAAUAGAGACCAUGGAGAAAUCAAGUAGCGAGGAUUCCUCCAUUCACCAGAGUCCAUCUUUGGAUAGCAAGGACUCCGACUUCGCAAAGCCUUCUACCUCGAGCAGGCAGUUCGGCCGAGGCUUCACUGCCGGAGCUUUCUACGGUACUGCUGGAUCGCGCAAGCAGAGCCCCAAUGCAGCCGGAGCUGGGACUGCCGCCGGGACUGGCGUAAAAAGUGGCAAGUGCCGUGCACCCAAAGGCAGCAAAUACGUGGUCUUUUACCUGGAUCUAUCCUUUGUUUUCCUUCUAGAAUUUCAGAAGUGCAGCAUGGCAAGAGGCUGCUUGUGUUGUUUGAAAUACAUGAUGUUCCUUUUCAAUUUAAUAUUUUGGCUAUGUGGCUGUGGCCUCCUGGGGGUCGGAAUAUGGCUGUCGGUGUCGCAAGGAAACUUUGCCACGUUCUCUCCCAGCUUCCCGUCACUGUCAGCGGCCAACCUGGUCAUUGCUCUUGGUGCUAUCAUCAUGGUGACGGGCUUCUUGGGCUGUUUGGGUGCUAUCAAGGAAAACAAGUGCCUCCUCCUCAGUUUCUUCAUUGUUUUGCUGAUCAUCCUCCUGGCUGAGCUAAUAUUGCUCAUUUUGUUCUUCGUUUAUAUGGACAAGGUCAGUGAAAAUGCAAAGGAGGAUUUGAAAGAAGGGCUCAAGCUGUAUAACACAGACAAUAAUGUUGGACUGAAGAAUGCUUGGAAUAUCAUUCAGGCAGAGAUGCACUGCUGUGGUGUUACUAGUUAUACAGACUGGUACCCAGUGCUGGGGGAGAACACCGUCCCUGACAGAUGCUGUAUGGAAAAUUCCCAAGACUGCGGUCGGAAUUCUACCAACACAAACUUAGUGUGGAAAAUGGGCUGUUUUGAAAAAGUUAAGAUGUGGUUUGAUGAUAAUAAGCACAUUUUUGGGACCGUUGGGAUGUGUAUCCUCAUAAUGCAGAUACUUGGCAUGGCCUUUUCCAUGAUUCUCUUCCAGCAGAUUCACAGAACUGGUAAAAAAUAUGAUGCCUAAAACAUCAUAUUAUUAACUGCAACAACACUUCUCUCUUGCCGUUAAAAAGGAAGCGGUGAACAAGA